AUGACGGGGACUCCUCUGCUCUCUGCAGCCCUGCUGCUAGUGCUGCUACCUGGGACUCUGACUCAAACGACUGAAGAGGUUCCCAUCGACGUGGUGGUGGAGAACACUUUACUACAAACCAAGCCUGAGACCUUCAGCACGCAUGUGGUGCACGGAGGGAAUCUGCUGGGCGCCAUGAAGAGACUCAUGGCCUCCAACGCUGACUUUAAGUUCUCCUACACAAAGGAUCCUAACUUCGGCCCGUACCUGGAGAGUGUGAACGGAGUGGCUGGAAACGAUGCCGACCACACGUACUGGGAGCUGCUGGUCCAGACUCCGGGCGGUAAAACCAUCAGACCGGACGUCGGUAUUGGAUGUUACAUCCCGAGUGCACGCGAGCAGAUCAUCCUGAGAUUUAUAAAAUGGUGA